AUGGAGGACACCCCAGAACAUGGGAACUCGAUUCCCAUUGCUGGAAUCGUAUCUAUUGCGCUUGUAGCAGCAGUUAUUGGAAACGCAAUCUACAACAUGUAUUUCCACCCACUUAGCAAGCGUAAGUACCCCACCACCACCGAAACGCACGUCAGUCUGACCCCCUUUGCCGUUCCUGGACCGAAACUUCUGGCCGCGAACAACUUCACCUACUGGUACUACCUGGUCACGGGCAACAUCCUUCCCUGGUGCCAGAGUUUGCACGAAAAGUACGGCGAGGUCGUGCGCCUCGGCUCGAACAAAGUCAGCUACAUCAACCCGCAGGCAUGGAAGGACAUCUGCGGCCACCGCGCCCACGGCAAGUUCGAGAACACCAAGGACACGCAUUUCCACAUCCCCGGCGAGAACGGCCAACACAGCAUCCUCAGCGUGCCGAGCUCCGAGGAGCACGGACGGCUGCGCAAGAUGUUCUCCAACGCCUUCAGCGACAAGGCGCUGCGGCAGCAAGAGCCGCUGAUCACGCAGUACGUGGACAAGCUCGUCAGCGUCGUCGACAAGGCGGCCCGCAGCCAGCCGAACGCCAUGGUCAACCUGGUCGAGCUGUACAACUGCACGACGUUCGACAUCAUCGCGGACCUUGUCUUCGGAGAACCUCUCGGUCUGCUAGAAUCGUCGGCGCUCUCGCCGUGGGUCAAGUUCAUCUUCGCGCACAUGAAGACCGGCACCAUCCUCUCUCUCGCCCAAGAAUACCCGGCCCUGGCCAAGUUGUUCGAGCUGCUGACGCCCAAGUCGCUGAUCGAGAAACAAAAGAUGCACCGCCGCCACACGAGCGACCGCGUCGACAAGCGUCUCAGCAGCGGCAUCGACCGGCCGGACAUCUGGGACCUGAUUCUCAAGAAAGCCGCCGGGUCGCUCUCGCUGCGGGAGCAGUACGCGAACGCCGAGAUCUUCAUGGUCGGCGGCUCCGAGACGACUGCGACGCUGCUGAGCGGACUGACCUACCUGUUCCUGACCAACCCGGACAAGAUGGCCAAGGCCGUCGCUGAGGUGCGCGCCCUGCCCAGGGACGCCCUCAACUUCCAGGGCGUGGCGCACCUGCCGUACCUGCAGGCCUGCCUGGAGGAGACGCUCCGCCUGUACCCGCCGGUCCCCGUCGCCAUGCCGCGUGAGACGGCGCCGGGUGGAAGCUCCAUCCUGGGCGAGUGGGUGCCCGAGGGGACGAGCCUGCACAUCUACCACUACGUCGCCUACCACUCUCCGCUGAACUUCAAGGACCCCAACGCCUUUGUCCCUGAGCGGUGGAUGGGGGAUAACCGCUACGACUCGGACAGGAAAGACGUGCUCCAGCCCUUCUCGUUUGGCCCGCGUAACUGUUUGGGCAAGAACCUCGCGUACCACGAAAUGAGACUCAUCAUGGCGAGCAUCCUUUGGAAUUUCGACCUCGAGCUCAGCCCCGAGUGCACGGACUGGUUCAACCAGAAAGCUUACAUCAUCUGGGAAAAGAACGAUCUCAUGGUCAAGGUCAAGCCGAUCCAUUAG